AUGCCGCUAUUGUCGAGACGCGCUGGGAAGCUACUUGGCACGGUAGGCGGCAUGAAGCAUGCAGGCGACGAAGUCCAUGAGGAGCCAAUCGCGAAGCGGAGGCAAAUCCCAGCGAAGCAGAACCCGCAAGACGAAGAAGAUAUCAACGCGGAGCCCGAGUCGACCGAUGAGGAAUUGAAUACUCCUCAACCACGAGCACCGCGUCCCCACAUUACUCUCGCGCCCAGCGCACCUGAGCCAGACGAGCUGAGAAAACCGCAGAGGAAGGUGCCGAGUAAAGUCCAAAAUGUACGGCCAGCAUCUCCACAGGAAGAGGAACUCCGUCAGCCACGCAAAUCGAAUAGGACGCUGGACAAUAAUAAGAAGAACAAUUCAGCAGCCUCAUCACAGUCUUCCUUAAGAUCGACCCAAGAUAAUCCGUUUGACUUUGGGAUGGAGUAUGCCAGUCAAGGUUCUAACAAGAGCAAGAAAGUUGCCAAAUUUGGUGGUGGUAUCAAGAACAUACAUGCAGCACCACCUAAGGCAGCACCACCUAAAAGAAAGGCACCUGCAAUAAGUGUUCCCAGACAGAACAGGACCAUUUUUAAACAGGCGAGCAAAGCAGGACCGACUGUAGAGAGCGGAGACAGCGAUUCGGAAGUUUCGAUGCUUGACCAAGACGAACUUGACGAUGUUCUGAAAUCUUCGUCGUCACAGCCUGUUCCUGUUGUUCGACAAAAUAUGCUCGAAGACAAGGAGCUCAGACAGACAUCACGAAGGGCCAAGCCCACGGUUCUACAUGGUCAGUUAGGUGACUGGAUGCAAGAUCGGGCUCCCGAGUCGUCUCAGCCUGAUUCAAGUGCGCCCAAGGAAGAGUGCGGCGACUUGGAAAGCUACCUAGAACAGCUGCCCAAAGAAGAGGAAGAGGGGUCGCAGUGUCCUAUCUGUAGGACGCCUGUACAGAAAGACGACUAUUGGGACUACUGGAAAGGGAAGAACAGAACAGUCAAGAACCAGAACCAAUUCUGUCGCUCUCACAGGACGAAAUCUGCGCAGGAAGAGUACAGGAAAGAGUAUCCGGAAAUCGUUUGGGACGACCUUCCUCAGCGCAUCAAAAAGCGCCGCAUGGACUUAUACAAGAUACUACACAAUGAGCAGUCGAGUACAUAUCGCGACCGCUACGAACCAAUCGCACUCACAGGGAGGGCGGCAGCAGUGCCUUCGAGACGAAAAGACCUUCCCGAGCAUGUGCAGCAGGAGCUUGAAUCUCACGCUCUUGACGAUUUAUCAACGUAUCCGGGCUAUUACGGACCUCACGGCAGGCGACUCAUCACCGAGACGGUCAUGAAGGUGCUCAAGAACGAAAUCAAGAAAUGUGCAGACCCAGUCGUACAGGGUUCUGGACCGGCUACUUUCGUGCAAGCGGUGCUCGUUCCUGAGGUUGCGAUCAUGUUGAUCAUGGAAGAUUGUCUUGUGGACAGGCAGGCAGCUGAGGAGAUCCGCGAGAAGACGUAUGAGUUGGGCAUGUUGCUGAACGAGGAGAUUGAAGACAGUAUUGAAGGUCACGAGCAGAGCGAUGAUGAGAAUGAGUACGGUGGGAGGUGA